AUGACUGAUCAAGAAGCAUAUCUACAACUUUUAAAUACCAAUCAGGAGUUGCAUAAAGAGAUAGGAAAUGAGAUAGCUAUUGAUAAAGCAAAUGAAAAAAAUUCCACAAACGGUUUGAGACAAGAUGAUGUUUUAGCUAGACUUGAACAAAUAUCAAAUGCUUCACAAAUAUUACAAGAAAUAGCACAAGCAUCUAACCAAAGGAAUGUGCAAACUAUUACAAGAUUAAAUAUUUAA